CCACAGGGAUCACCCAGUCCCACCCCGACAAUCCCCCCUGUCCAAGCACUCCUGGAGCUCUGUCAGCCCGGGGAGCCUGCUGGGUGCCCCACGACCCUCUGAGGGAAGAGCGAUCUCCAGCAUGAACUUCCCUGACACUGCUCCGUGUUCAGGUGGAACUUGCUGGGCAUUGUUUUCUGCCGCUUGCCUCAUGUCGCAUUGCUGGGCACCACCAAGCCUGAUCCGUGCUGUGACACCCUUUUUGGACAUUUAUACACGUGGAUGAGGUCUCCUCUCACUCACCUCUUCCCGAGGCUGAGCAGACCCAGCUCCCUCAGCCUUCCCUGGCGAGGAGGAUGUUGCAGUCCCCCCAGUCAUUCUGGCAGCCUUCACUGGACCCACUCCAAGAGCUCCACAUCUCUCGAGGAGCCCAGGAGAUUUGGGGUCCAGUUAGGAACAGACACCACGAGGAUGAGGCGUCAGAUGGCACGGCAGAGCGAGGAAGGGAAUGUGAGGAUGAGGAGAGUUUUAAAAAGGAGCAGCAGAAGGGAAAAAAAGAGGUGAGAAAAGCUGAGAAACAUGCUGGGGUGUCCUGCGUGACAGUGUCCAUGGAUGACAUCCAGUUUGAAGAGGCUGCCAGGGUUGGACAAAUUAUUGCCAUCAGAACAAAGGUGAACAGAGCAUUCAAAACCAGCAUGGAGGUUGGCAUCAAGGUGACAGUACAGGAUGUUUUGACUAAUGCUGAAAAGAUUGUGAGUGUGGCAUAUGCAACGUACGUGGCCAAACCAGUUGGUGCUGCAAAGGUUGAGUUAAAACCUGUACAGCUGCUGUCUGCAGAGGACCACCUGGAGCACAGCCUGGCUAUUGAGAGGAGAAGAAUCCGUCUGGGCUAUGUCCAGGUCUUUCAGAAGCUGAUGCAGGAGAGCAAUAAGGAAGACACUUGUGAAGAGAAAGAUGCAGUUUCAACUGAGCACACUCACGUACAGAGCACUGAGCUUGUCCUGCCUCCUCAUGCAAACCAUCAUGGAAACACUUUUGGUGGCCAGAUCAUGGCUUGGAUGCAGACAGUGGCAAGCAUUUCAGCAAGCCGCCUCUGUCGUUCUCACCCCAUCCUGAAGUCAGUUAACAUGUUCAAAUUCUGGGGGCCAUCCUUUGUGGGUGACCGCCUCGUCUUCAAUGCCAUUGUCAACAACACUUUUCACAACAGUGUGGAGGUUGGUGUCCGUGUUGAGGCUUACAACUGUGAGGAGUGGAUCAAGGACCAGCCACGGCACAUUAACAGUGCAUUCCUCAUUUUUAAUGCUGUGAAUGACAAAGGGGAGCUGCUGACCUUCCCCAGGGUCAAGCCCAGGACACAGGAUUGUGUGAGGAGGUACUAUGGAGCUAUUGCCCGGAGGAGGAUUCGACUCACCAGAAAAUGCAUGCUAUCUGCUAGAGGAGACAAGCCCUCUGAUGCCUGGGAGACAAGCAACCAGGCAUAUUUGAGUUACAGCAACAUAGCUGCACUGACACACCUGGCAAGAAAACCAGGGUGGGACAUAACGAAGACUCUGGAUAAUGUGAAAAUCUGGACCCACGAGGAGGGUGCUGUGCUGUCAUUCAAGGUGGAGAUGCAGGUGAAGGUCCCGUCCCACGUCGCCUUCUCCCUCUUGUCCGACUUCAGCCUCCGCCAGCGCUGGGACAGACAUUUCCUGAAAUGUGAGCUCCUGCAGGCUGUGAGUGAGGAGGAGAAAAUCUACCACGUCAUCUCUGCCCCCAUGACAGGCCACCCACCCAGAGACUUUGUGAUUCUGGUGUCCCAAAGGCAGCCCUGCAGGCCACAGGAGCCCUACACGGUGGCUGUGAGGUCGGUGACCCUCGGGACGGCGCCCCCGAGCCCGGAGUUCUGCAGGAGUGAAAUCCUCUGCGCUGGGUUCCAGAUCCACAGCAACAGCAGCAGCUCCUGCACCGUGUGUUACUUCAAUCAAGUGACAUCAGGAGUUAUGCCUUACUUAGCUGCAAAUCUUUCUGGCUCAUCAAAAUCCAUUGAAGACGCUGCUUUGGAAUGUAUAAAGUUCUUGGAGCUGGAAGACAGCUAGUGCUGAAGU